AUGGCCUACGAAAAAUCAGUCGACAUCUCUGACAUCAACAGGUCAAUGUUCAAGUGCCCAUGGCUGGAAUAUCCAGAAAGGACCAAAGAACUCAGAAGAGCCACAGCUCCUGUUCUCCUGCCCUUGUCCUGCCACCAGAUGCCAAAGGAAGAGUUUCCCCCAAGUCCGGAGUGCUGGAGGCAGCACCCAAGCAAGCCAAACUCCGUACCUUACUGCUAUUCCAAGCAGCCUGAGAUCUACACGCACUGGCACACCCUGUAUAAUCAGCAAAAGGAACGGGAGGCCCAGAAGAUACUGUGGAAAAUGAGAGAUCACCCUAGGUACCUCAAAGAGGGUACCCUCAUCCCAAAACUCCAUCUCCCAAUGAGCAAGCUGAUUAUAAAACCUCAGAUGGAAUCCAAGCCCUUAGACCCUACUGGGGACCCGCUGAAGUGGCAAAGAUUAAAGGAACUCACUGAAAGCCUGAAAUCUCCCAGAGAGGAUGAGCAGCUCUAUGCAGCACAGGCUCUGGGGUGCCUGGGCGUCAGAGACAAGUUUAUCAUGGAAGCACUAUGGCAGGUGGCCCAAACUGGCCCAGAGAAAGUGAAGUAUGAGGCCUGUCAAACCCUGGCCAUCCUGGGUUGCCUGAAUAAGCAUGUGAUCCAAGCUCUCAUCAAGCAGCUGAAGGGGCAAAAUGAGGGGCAAAGGAUGGAUACUCUGACAGCGCUACGGGUGGCUCUGAACUCCUGGGCUGCUGUCCCCAAAGACCAGAGGACUCAGGUCGAGGAUGGAGAGAAGCUGGUGCCUGUGCUGCAGAUGCUGAUAAAGAAGUCAGGGAACAAGGCAGCAGUGGAGGCGGCCCUGUGCUUGGGGUUCCUGAGGCCCUGUAGCAGCACAGCCCGAGAGUACUUGCUGCAGUGCCUGCACCAAGGGUCGAAGAUCCAGCAGAUGCAGGCACUCAGUAUGCUGGUCAAGGUAAUGGGUGUGCACUCAGCCACGGUCAUCAGGACCAUCCUAGACCAGCUGUGCUAUUCCAGUGUCCUUGAGCACCGUUUUGAAGCCAGCCAGAUGCUCAAGACCAUUGGGCUGGAACAGAUCCAGGCACAGGGCCUGGAAGGACUCACGUUUGACCUGCUCAGGAGGAAGACAUAUAAUGAACCCUUCUUCGCUAUGAGGCAGGCUGUUGCUGAAACUGUGGAAGAGCUCAAGAUGAAGCCCACAAUGAUGAACUUGGUGGAGGCGCAACUGACGAGCUCAAAUGCCACUGCACGCCAGGAAGCAGUCAUCUCUUUGGGUGUCCUGGGGAUCCGCAGCCCACAAGUGUUCCACUUGGUCCUAGACAUGCUGGAUGUGGAAAAGAGCCCGUGUGUGAAAAAGAGCCUACAAGAAACAUUAAUUCUUUUGGCCUCGAUUGAUCCCUGGAUCCAAAACAAGCUGAAGAACAAGGUUCUCUUUGUAUAUGAAGUGCCUAAGAACAGCAUGAACGUAGAGUUCACGAGGUUCCAGAAAGAGCCUGAGAAACCAGAAGAGUUAAAUAUCCAAGACUUUCAACUUGCACAGCUGAACCCCUUGUUUCUUACAAAGUCCAGUGCCACGUCAGACCAACAGAAGAAGUUAAAUGCCCAGAAAGGGUCUGGUACCUCUGCCUUUCCAUCCUGUUUCUCUAAACCACAAAAACACAAGUCACAGGCCACAGGGUCCUGGACACGAGGGAUCAGGAAACAGCUCCGGAUCCUUGCUGAGACCUCCAAUUAGGUCAGUUCUUUUGGCUGAGUUCCCACUCUCUCUUUAAGGAUGCUUCUCAGGCUCCCCUGAGAAAAUAAUCUAUACUUAUCUUCU